AGCGAGGACAGGUGGAUCUCUGAUGAGCUGUUGUUUUCUAUACAAAGAAAGCCGGGCCGGGGAAAGACUUUUCCUUCUGAAACACCAACAUUUUCUCUGCAGGUGGAUUUUAUCUACUUCCGGUCACCGAACGGAACAAUUUAAACCGGUUUAAAUAAAAAUGUCGGACGGAGGAAAGUCUGAAGAAACUGCGCAGUCAUAGUUUAAUGGGCGCGGUGACCUGAACAGAUAUGGCGGCUGACGACAAGGUUGCUAUCCUGACUGAUGAUGAAGAGGAGCAGAAGAGGAAGUAUGUGCUGGCAGAGCCCUUUAACACCCUGUCUGUGGUGCAGCAUGGCGACAGCUCGCCGCCCCACGUAAGCACCCCGCCGCCUCCAGUGCCGCCUGACUCCAUGGACUGCUGCGAGAGGAUGUGCCUCCGCAUCAACAGCCAUCUCCUCGUCUCCAAAGUCUUUUACUUUUUCUUCUACGCCGCCUACGGCUCGCUGCAUCCCCUGCUGGCCGUCUUCUACAAACAGCUGGGCCUGUCUGCCAGCCGCAGCGGGCUGCUCGUCGGCAUCCGCUACUUCAUCGAGUUCUGCAGCGCCCCCUUCUGGGGCGUCGUGGCGGAUCGCUUCGGGAAGGGGAAGGUGGUGCUGCUGUUCUCUGUUUUCUGCUGGCUGGUCUUCAAUGGCGGCAUUGGCUUCGUCAAACAAGCCGAGAUGAAUUGUGUGGAGAAGGGGACACCGGCGACGCCCAUGACGACACCUUUCAGCAACAUCACGCGUCAGACCAAAUCCAUCAACCACACCCGAAGCCAGCGGAGCAUCCUGGACCUCCCUGAUCCUCCAGGAGGUCCUCUUUUCUCUGAUGGCGUCCUCCACCGGCGUGAGCUAAGCACCCAUCCCAACGCUACAUCAGCUCCCGGCACCUUGGUGACGUCAGCUAACGUCACCGAGAUCAUGCCAAACUCCACCGUACAGAAGACCACCACCACUGUGACCUCCCCCCCUCCAACACCCAAGAAGGAGUACCAGAUCACCUACAACCAGGAUCAGGUGGAGACCAUCUUCCUGCUCAUCCUGCUGGUGGUCAUCAUGGGCGAGUUCUUCAGCGCCCCUGCCGUCACCAUCGUGGACACCGUCACCCUGCAGUACCUGGGAAAAGCCCGCGACCGCUACGGCCUGCAGAGGAUGUGGGGGUCUCUGGGGUGGGGUCUGGCCAUGCUGCUGGUGGGAAUCUGGAUCGACCACACCCACGUCCCGGUCCACGUGGAUGCCGGCUGUGUGCCCCCCGACUACCGUCUGCACAACUACCGCAUCGCCUUCAUCGUCUUCGGCGUCCUGAUGAGCGUGGCAUUCUGCGUGGCCACUCAGUUUUACUUUGAGAAUGGUGGCGACUUCAGGCAGGAGCCCCCGGACGUGACGGAGGAGGUGGCGAGCCCUCAGACGCCGCCGGAUUCUGGCUCCUCGGACCCUCAGACCCCCACUGGCUCGGACGGCGAGCAGGCUUUCCACUACGGUGACCUGCUGAAGCUGCUGUGCACAGUCCGCUACAGCUCCGUGCUCUUCGUCGCCUGGUUCAUGGGCUUCGGCUAUGGCUUCGUCUUCAGCUUCCUGUACUGGCACCUGGAGGACCUGAAGGGGACCACCACGCUGUUCGGGGUCUGCUCCAUCCUCAGCCACAUCUCUGAGCUCGGCGCUUAUUUUACCAGCCACAAGUUCAUUGAGCUGGUGGGACACGUCAGGGUGCUGUACAUCGGCCUGGCCUGUAACACCGCCCGUUACCUGUACAUCUCCUACCUGCAGAACGCCUGGACCGUCUUGCCCAUGGAGGUCCUUCAAGGUGUAACUCAUGCCUCAGUUUGGGCAGCUUGCAUCUCCUUCCUGAGCGCUGCCGUCCCUCCGGCUCUUAGGACGUCGGCCCAGGGGAUCCUGCAGGGCCUCCACCUGGGUCUGGGCCGAGGAUGUGGAGCAAUGGUGGGCGGAGUCUUCGUGGGUUAUUUUGGUGCUGCUGAGACGUUCAGAGGAAUCGGCAUGGCCUCACUCCUCAUCCUCCUCAUCUUCUCCUUCAUCCAGAGUCUGAGUGGAGAAACUGAAGGGAAAGAGGACAGAAUUCUGGCAGAGAACAUCCCGGUUCCCUCCAGCCCCGUUCCCAUCGCCACCAUCGACCUGGUUCAAAGCCAGAACCAUGUUCCCGCCUGCUCGGCCGCCCUGUUGCCCGUCAGGAAGACCAAACACCAGGAGGACCAGGAGGAUGUGACCAGGCCAGCAUGGGUGCUCUCCGGUGUCCCCUGGGUCACCAUUGCCUUCGCUCUGGUCCAGAUCAGAGAGCUGAUGAGCAUGAAGGAGAGCCGUCCUCCCACAGAGAAUCAGCCUCUGCAGGAACCUAACCAGCAGGCGACGGCCGAGCACAUUGCGGCGCACAGAAACCAGAUCGGCAACCAGCUGGAAUCUGCCUCUGACUCCACCCGCCCGCCUCCUACAGACUCUAACGAAGACCAAACGAACCCUGUCUCACACUCAGAAAGACAAAACACACACUGACUUCAUUCCCAAGAUAACCAGUUUGUCCCAGUUAAUGUAAAAGCUGCUGCUGUGUGGAAUCAGGACUGUAAAUAUUUGUAGAUUGUAGUAAAACCAGCGUGUUGGCCUUCA